AUGGGACUUCGCGGUGACUUUGCCUACCUGCUUCGGCGAUACUGGUCACUUUUCCUGGGCAAUGUACUGGAAUGGUAUGAGUUUGCUGUGUACGGUUAUUUGGUGCUUUUCCUGGAGGACAAUUUCUUCCAAGGUUCCGAGGUUGCCACGUGGCUCGGCUAUGCUGCGACGUUUGUUGCACGCCCACUGGGUGGCCUUGUUCUGGGCCUUAUCGGUGACAUGUGUGGUCGACGCACAUCUCUCACGGUUUCCAUUGUGGGCAUGGUCGUCGGCACAGUUGGUCAGGGCCUGUUGCCCAGCCGUCUCAGCAGUGGCCAGGCGUGGGGCGAGUUCGGAACCUGCAUGCUCUUUGUCUUGCGGAUCGUGCAGGGGCUGUGCACGGGCGGAGAGAUCAGCACUGUCUCCACGUACAUCAUCGAGGUGGGUUCCAAGCAGACUCUGGCCCGGAGCAUGUCGCUCAUCUCCGUGUCAAUCUACAUCGGCUUCCUUCUGGCGCAAGGCGCAGUGUGGCUAGUGCAGGACCAGCUCGGCCCCGAUGCAAUGCGACAAUGGGGCUGGCGGCUUCCCUUCCUCGUCGCCAUUGUGCCAGGAGCUUUCACCAUAGCAGGACGGCGGUGCUUGCACGAAUCGGAGGAGUUUGAAAGGGACCGAAGAGUCGCCAUUGAGGAAGGCCACGCAUCAGCCAGCUAUGCCAUCAGGGAUGUACUGCACAGAGGCUAUGCAAUCGUCAUAGCCAUCGGCGGUAUGGUGUCUUUUGCAGUAUUUUCAUACAGCGGCCUGGUGUGGACCAACACAUUCUUGGCAAAAGAAGGACUUCCAAAAGAUCAGCGCAUGAUGGCGGGCCUGACAGCCCGCGUUAUUCAGAUAGUGCUGGCAGUGCCUGUGGGCUGGCUAGCAGACGUUUGGGGCGUCGGCUCAGUUACCUUCUUUGCAGCAGCAGUGCAGCUGUUUGCAGCCUUCCCGCUGUUUGCGUGGUUGCAGGCAGAUCCAACGAAUACCUCGGUUGCAUAUGCAGCAUAUGCUGUUGGCUUCGGGACUAUUGGUGCGCUAGGCGGUUCGACUUUCAACAUGUACGUGACCGAGCUGUUCCCAACCCGCACCCGCAACCUGGGAGUUGGUGUCAGUUACAACAUCGGCAUUUGUCUCGUCGGUGGCUUUGGCCCUGUGCUCUGCAGUGCACUGUUGAAGUGGUCGCGGUAUGGGCCAGGAGGUCUCAUGUCAUUGGCGGGCGUCGUCACAUGUUUGACAGUCGUAGCUGGAGUUCGGCUACACCAGUCCGGGAGGGUUUGUAUGGCCCAUGUUCGGACGAAUCCGUACUGCAGACCAUGUGCAGACCCGCGAGAAGACGGCAAGCCUGAAGAGCAGUUUUCGUUGGAGACAUCAGAGUCAGAGACAUCCGAAGACUGCACAAAUCUGAAGUGCCUUCGCUCUUUACAUGGAUGGCCUGCCUCUGCAUUGAUGCAAGAUUCCACGGAAGACGUCACGCUGAAGGCCUCGUCGGGCAACCCGGAAGCUCUUCGGCCACACCACAGCACCCCCGGCCCCGGGCGGAAAGGAGGAGGUCGCGCAGGCAACUGGCCGCCGCCAUUGCCUUUCUGGCAGUCUGACGAGGUGCUGGGCGCCACUCCGUGGAUUGAGGUGAUUGCACCGCCUGGUAGAGCCCUGGCUCAGCUCCAGGUGGAACUCCCAAGGAACGGUCGAGCGGAUGGGUACACCCCGGAGCACGUGCAGCUCUUCGUGGCGCAAGAAG